AUGUGUUUUAGAUCAAUUGUGACACAUGUAGGAAUUCUGUGGAACAAUGCCGGAACAGAAUUCAUUAUAGCACUCAUCACAAGCGUGAACUAUGGACAUUCAGCUUAUCAACUUGUUAUAACUUCUAUCAGUUCAUCAACAUUUGUUAAUAUAACCAUAUUCAACACACAUUUUGAGGCUGCUCUUACACUUGAAGAAGGAGAAACCACAAAUAUCACUAUUCCUAACUCUGCAGAACUGCUGGCUGAUGGAAUCUCUUCAAACAGUACUGUCAUAGUCAGAUCCAACAAACCGAUAACUGUUUUUUACUUCAGCUACGGUUGGUCGAUGGCAGAGUCAUGUAGUAUUUUUCCAGUGAACCUUCUUGGCACACAAUACUAUGUUUUUUCUCCUUUAUACAGUCAUGGGACACCAGAGUUUGCCAUAAUUAACUAUGAUCAAACUAAUGAAAUUCUCAUCACACUCACUGGUCCAGUGAAUUAUAAUGGAACAUAUUACCAGAAAGGUAGUAACUUAACAGUGGUACUGUCAGCCUUUGAAUCCCUUCAGAUACAAAGUUCUGCAAGUUUAACUGGCACUAGAAUUCACUCUGAGUACCCCAUUGCUGUGUUGUCUGGGAACACUUGUGACACAUACAGUGAAGAAUGUAAUCAUGUGCUCGAACAGCUAAUGCCAUCGAAUCGGUGGGGCAGGACAUUCCUUGUAGCUUCUAUAGCUGCUCCAAACUACACUGAUAUCAUUACAAUCAUAGCUUCCCAGGAAACAGAAAUAACCUACAGUGGAGUUUCAAAUAAUACUGUAACUCUUCAGAAUGGUGAAAGCUUUUCAAUCGAACUGUUGUCUUCUUUUUCCUUAGUUGUCAAGGCCACAGAACGAGUUAUGGUAAUGUAUACCUUCACUGGCGGUUACUACAAUGGCUACAAAGUAAAUCCAUUCAUAAUGAACAUCAUUCCAAUCGAAUCAUUUUCCAGUUCCUAUGUUAUCAAUGUACAAAGUAAUCAUAAGAACUAUAUUCACGUGAUUGCUAAAACAUCACUGAUAUCAGAAAUUCAGCACGACUUUGCCAAUCUCUCAUUAAUUGCAGUGGGAAAUUUUGUGACAAAGGAUAACUAUACUUGGGCAGUUGCUGAGUUACAAAUGAUAAAUGAUAGCAUUAUUAUGAAACACUGCACACCAUUUGCAGCAUACAUUUAUACAAUAGAGGAUUCUACCGGGAUGGGAACCACUGCACCAUCAGUAAAUAGAGCCUCUCAAUGCGUAGACUUCAAUGUGACAGUGACACUGCAAGCUUAUGGUUUUAUUCAGGCUAAUUGGACUAAUGAUGCCUGUGCUGACAAUUACAAACUCCAGCUUUCUACAGCAGAGGGUCUCUACAUAUUACAAGAGGAAAUAAUUGAUGGAACCUCAAGAAUAUUCUUUGGACUUACUGUUGGUUCAGUCUAUAACUUAAAAAUUUGGGCGAUAAUUGCAGACAAAAUGUGCUUUCCAUUGACAAAGCAAUUUAAAUAUUGCGGUAUUCACAUGUGUGACAGCCUUGAUUUGACAGUAACCUCUCUGGCCAAUGGUGCAAUCCAGGCUAAUUGGACUAAAAUUCAGUGUGUUGACAGCUACCAUCUCCAACUUCAUAAGGCAGAUAAUUCAUCUAUGUUAGAACAGAAAAUUGUCAAUGGAAGCAUGGUGAUAUUCACUGGACCUUACAAUCAUUCAGUCUAUAAUGUAACAUUAUGGGCUAUGUAUUCAGAUGAACAAUGCCCUCCACUGAAAAAACAAGUUACACAUUUUGGUAUUCACAUGUGUGACAGCCUUGAUUUGACAGUAACCUCUCUGGCCAAUGGUGCAAUCCAGGCUAAUUGGACUAAAAUUCAGUUUGUUGACAGCUACCAUCUCCAACUUCAUAAGGCAGAUAAUUCCUUUAUGUUAGAACAGAAAAUUGUCAAUGGAAGCAUGGUGAUAUUCACUGGACCUUACAAUCAUUCAGUCUAUAAUGUAACAUUAUGGGCUAUGUAUUCAGAUGAACAAUGCCCUCCACUGGAAAAACAAGUUACACAUUUUGGAAAAAAAACAACAGUCAUUGCAAAAGCUGAAGUGCUCGCAAUUGGAAAAGAACCGAUAGAUGAAAAACUUAUAAAAGAUGCAGUGGAAAAUGAAGUAUAUGACCUUUUAAAGCCAGAAUUGCAUCCGUUUGUAAAAGUUAGAGUUGUACAAGUAUGAAAAAUGUUGAAUGGGCUGAAUAAUGAACUAAGGAUAAAAUUGCUAUAGCCACUAUAAUUCUGAUUAAGCAAUAACUAUGCAAAUGAAAAGAAAAUGCAGAAACAUGAAGGAAAAUGUCCCUCAGAAAGCUCUUAUUAGCAAGGGCUGAAAAGUGUACAUUAAAAUAUGCUUCUUUUGUUUGUCUUUGUAAUUAAAAUGAGAUAUUCUGAUAUAUUUUUAGAUCUAUGAAAUUAAGUUUUGAUUAGAAAGUUUACCAUAGUUUAUACAAUUAAGUUUACCAGUAAUGUAUAAACAGCAUCACAGAUUCAGUGGACAUAAUUUGAAAAAUACUUUGAUAAUGUAGAUCUGGGCAUUUACCUUUUUUCCCCGAGGUGAUUUUUAUA